AUGGCGGCUCUCUAUUCGCUCCAAUGCAUCUCCACUGCUGCUUCUCGCAUGAGCAAGUCAGUCGCCGUUGCCCUUCGCCGCCUCUCCCUCGCCAUUCACCACCGCCUCCUCUCCCUUCUCCUUCUCCUUCUCCUUACGCACCAAAGCUUCAUCCUUUCACCGCCGUUAUCUCAGUACUCUCUCUCAAUUGCCUCGUUAUCUCGUCUUUUCCUUUCUCUCUCUAUGCUGCUCAUUUUUCCUCGCAUCUCCCCUCUCAGCAUUGGAUCUCCCUCCCUGCAAGAUUGGAUUCUGGAAACCGUAGAGGAGAUCUGUGGCCCCUUCGAUAAGACAAAGGCUAGGGCUUUGAGGAAACAGAGAGAGUUAGAGAAGGCGAAGAAACCUUUAGAGAGGGAUUGGAGAUUAAACGAAGAUAGUUCAAAAAUCGCUGGAACCAAUGCUGCAUCAACCGUGAGAUCGGGACCAAGGUUGCUGCUGCUCAACGUCUAA